GGUGACCGUCUGCAGCCCCUUUGUUCGGGCGGGCGGGAGAAGCGCGAUUGCACAAGGCGCGCGUCUUUGUGAGGACUGCCGGGCGGUUAUCCGGCCUACGCUGAGCCAAGAUGAGCUGGAGUUUCCUGACGCGCCUCCUGGAGGAGAUCAACCAGCACUCAACCUUUGUGGGAAAGGUGUGGCUGACUGUGUUAAUCGUUUUCCGCAUUGUCUUGACUGCUGUAGGUGGCGAGUCUAUCUACUACGAUGAACAGAGCAAGUUUGUCUGCAAUACACAGCAGCCAGGCUGUGAUAAUGUCUGCUAUGAUUCCUUUGCACCCCUUUCGCACGUCCGUUUCUGGAUUUUCCAGAUCAUUGUAAUAGCCACUCCCUCAGUGAUGUACCUGGGCUUUGCACUGCACCGGCUUUCACGCCAACCCCCUCGGAAAAGCCGGGCCCCUGUGGUGCGACGUGGUGCUGUCCGUGAUUAUGAGGAGGCAGAGGAUAAUGGUGAGGAGGACCCCAUGAUCUUUGAGGAGAUCGAGCCCGAAAGGGAGGUGAAGGAGUCCGAGAGCCAGAAACAUGAUGGCCGCCGGCGCAUCAAGGACGAUGGUCUGAUGACUGCGUACGUGCUGCAGCUGCUCUGCCGUUCGGCAUUUGAGGUGGGCUUUCUGAUGGGGCAGUAUGUGCUUUACCGCUUUGAGGUUAACCCCUCCUAUGUAUGCACACGCAGCCCCUGCCCUCACACGGUGGAUUGCUUUGUCUCUCGCCCCACUGAGAAAACCAUCUUCCUCCUCAUCAUGUAUGCUGUGAGUGGGCUCUGCCUGCUUCUCAAUGUCUGUGAGCUCUUCCAUCUGGGCUUUGGCGGGAUCCGGGAUGCACUCCGCGGCCUUAAUAAGGAAGAUGCUCCACCCCCAAAGCCCCAGUAUGCCCAGAAGGAUCCCUCUGCACCCCCAACCUACCAUUCUCUGAAAAAAGAGCCCUCCAAGGGCCAGUUGGUCAAGGACAAAUUGGGCUACAGGGGAGAGAGCUUGGCAGGCAUGGCUACCGAGCGCUACCCUGUGGCAUCAAGACUCCCCGGCCACGAAUUGGAGCGACUGCACAAGCACCUCAGGAUAGCCCAGGAGCAUCUAGAAAUGGCCUUUCAACUGCAGCCGGAGGGUACCGCCAGCCCUUUGCGAAGUAGCAGCCCUGAAUCUAAUGGGCUGGCGGCGGAGCAGAAUCGCCUCAACUUGGCCCAUGAGAAGGAAGGGGCAGCUUGUGAACGAACUAGUGGUCUCUGAAGCGCUGGACAACUGCCCAGGUGGCAAGAAGAAAUGGGGGGAACUGAAAGCAUGUGCAUACGUGUGUUCAUUAGCCUGAUAUGUGGAAGUGCCCUGAGGGAAGAAUCGGGAGACAAGGAUAUGCUCUGAUCCUACUUCUGUGGAAGAUAAGGGAAAAGAAGAUAAUAUGAGUCCCCACAUCCCAGAUCUGGGUGGGUGGGGAGGCUGUAGUGAUGUACUUUCAGAAGUCUUUGUAUGUGUGUCUUUUUAUGAGUCCAAAAGGGAAACUUAUUUUUUUACUUUUAUACAUGUUGUAGAGGUACUAUUGUUCUGCCUAGGGGGUGUUCUGUUUCUUUUCUCUCUCUCUCUCUCUCCAAUGGGACUGGAUUAAAAGCGACAUAGCAAUUGCCCUGCCCCCCCCCCCUUUAUAUUAUUACAGUUUACGUCUUCAACUUCCCAGGAUUUUCCUCAGGAUUCAGCUGUACACAAGUCAACUCCCUCAUUUUCUUUUCCUCUUCCUUGAUCCUGGAUAAUAGAAAUGAUUGGUGGCUGGGCCAAAGAUAAUUCUGCUGCAUUCCAAGAUGCUGGUUUAUGAACAGCAUCUGCCUUUCUUGCCCUCUGUGGGGUGCUGUGCUCGGUUCCUCCUAAAUGGCAUGGGGACCAGAGUCACGUUUGAGUCAUCUCAGAGACAGACACAAAAUGUGUUUUUAUGUUUUAUUUUUUUUAUAAUUUACUGGAACAGUUCUGAAUUUUUGUUCUUUUAUAUGGAUGUAUAAUAUAUACAUAUAUAUAUUUGGUUAAAAAAAAGAUUUUUUAUAGCAAUCCUGAGGUCUUGACUCUUUUUGCAGGAAAAAAAAAAGAACAAAUUAGUAAGAAUUUUGCACAGUUGUGGACUUUUAGGAUGCCUUGGUUAUACUCUAAAUCCUCACUAACUGAGAAGCCGAAAGAGGUGGGGAUCCCAGCUAAUGAGUAAUGUAAGGCAGGAGAAGGCACCCUUAUUUACAGCUGGGCUGAACUGUUAAAAUAUUUGGGACUUUCCAAUGCUGUGGCAGUGGUGUAUGUGUAUUAUUGGAAGGAUAAAGUUAAUAAUUUUGGGCUAUUUCUUUUCCAUUAAAAAAAAAAGUAGGUUUAAUGCAUGAAAGCUUAAUGCACCCAUUUUAGUCUUGCUUUUUGCAAAAAGCAAUGAAAUGUACUGUGAAUUUUAGGAUGGGGCUGGGGUGUCUUGUAAGAAGUGCCUUAUCCUGAGUCAAAGUUGUGACCCAUUUAACACAGUAGCAUCUUUCAGGGAGGGUGUUGCCAAGGCAACAGUAUGUAAGAAUAUAGGCAGUGUCCUGUCAGAUAGGACUCUUGGCCCAUCUAGUCCAGCAGUCUGUUCUCACAGUGGCCAACCACAAGGAAGCCCAUGAGUGUCCCAGCAGAUGGCCUUCAGGGUCAGUCAUGCUGCCAUCAAGGCAAAUAGCCACUGACUCUUAUGAUUUUCAUGAAUUGGUCCAACCCUUUUCUGAAGUCAGCCAAGCUGGUAGCCAGCACCACAUCUCGUAGUAGCAAAUCCCAAAAUUGAAUUACAUGUUGAGUUUAAAAAAAAAAUCCUCUUGUUUGUCCUGAUUCUUCCAGGAUUCAGUGUCUUUGGGUGACUUCCCAAAUUGUGCUUCCUGACAGUCAUAAUGAUAUCAGGGAGGAAGCAGGAAAUGGGCCCUGAUUGAAAAGCAGCAUUUAAACGAUAAGGCAUCAGUCCAAGAUAGUUUACUUGCAAUGUUGCUUUGAAAUUGCAUCUCUGGGUCACCCUCCCUCAUAAUGAUCACCCUCCCUCAGUAUGAUGCUUCUAGCCAAGAGUCAUCUUGAAUGUAUAGGACCACAACCCCCUAAAAUAUUAAAUGAAUUGGUGUGUCCCCCACAUGAAUAAAACAAAUGAUUCAGUCAGUCCAUCAUUCUGCUUCAAUACUAUUAAAUCAAUACAGGCUGAUGGCAGUUUACAGAACAGUUGAUUACUCCAUUUAACAGUUAAAGUGUUCAUGGUAAAGAUUAAUUAAAACAAUAAUUAAGACAAGGAUAAAUAUUAAAAGUGAACAUGAAAAAUAAUUUGUAACAAAAACAAUAACAGAUAAUAAAUAAUUCAAAGUAAAAUAAAGAUGGCAAUAGCAAACUAUUCAACCACAAUUCUUUGGAAAAAUGUCCAUCUUGUGGCUUCCAGAAUGUUAGAAGGGAUGGUACAAGUCUUAAUUCUAUGGGGAAGCUGUUUGACAAGGUAGGAGAAACAACUGAGAAACUGUACUUCGUGGUCUUUAUUCCUCUCAUUUCACAAAAGUGGGGUACAACCAAGAGCUUCUGGGAUAAACACAUUUGAUGGGCCAAUCCAGGCAGGAGAAGGUAAUCCUGGAGGUACCUAAGUGCCAAGUCAUUGCAUGUAUGGUUUUAUAGUGCAUCAGCAAACCUACUGGUAACCAAUAUAGGGCCUGAAGAACAGGUGUAAUGUCUUUUGGAUGGAUAACAUCCACUAGUGGCUGAGCCAAUGUACUUUGCAUCAAUUACAGUUUCUGGGUGGUCUUCAAAGGAGCUAAUGAGCCAAAAAUGAGCCAUCUAGAGCUCAUUGCCUUAGUCUAGUUGAGAAAUGAUGAGAGCAUAAACCACUAUUGUGGGAUGGUAUUGGGGCUAGGGUUGACCGCUUGCAUUAAAUUUGUACAUUUUAAUCUAUAUAUCUUGGGGUUCUCAAAUUUUGCAGCAUCAUAGUUGUCAAAUAUAGGUUUGCACAGGCAAAGUGAGAAGGAAAGCCCAAGUGUGUUUUGACAAUGCCCUACAUUUGCUUGUGCAAGCCUGAUCAAUACUUAAAAGAAUUGUGCCCUGGUAAAUUGCUAGGGCAUCCUCCCCCCACCCCCACCCCAGCGCUCUCAGUUAGACUUAACAGUCUCCCCUCAUAGAGUAUUAUAGGCACAUGUGAAACCUAAGUUUGUUUGAGAAAAGGGUAGC